ACAACAACAAAUAGCCUUUCAACGGCAGGACGGGAAGCUAAGAGGGAACAGAAAACAUGUAGUUCUGUGGACAUUAACCCUUGAAAGUUAUAUUUUUGAGAGUUAGACGGCUAAAAACGGACAAACCUCGUCAUAUUCAUUUUUUAGCAGACUUUACAGAACCCAACGGCUGCCCCGUGUCGGACCACUCCAACGUUUCACGGUAAGUUAAGCGUUUUUUUAGUGGAUUUACUGUAUUUUGUCAAUAAAUAAUGUAGAAAAGUUCAGUUUAAUGUUUAAGUUUAACUUUAGAGCUACAUGCAUGACAUUCAAGCGCAGUUGCUUAAAUUACAGUGUGAAUUUUAACGUUGUCACUCAACGUACAUCUGCACAGGUGUGUGAAAGCUAAAUGAACUAUGUGGGUUUUUGGUUCCGUUAAUAGGAACACAUUUUGAGGGGCGAAUAAAACGGGCUUUAUCCUUUAAAAGUCCCUCAAACAUGUGAAAAAAAAAAAAACAGUCACGGCUUGGUUUCCUCCUCUAAAACAGUCAACCUCAGCUCUCUUUUUUCUUAUCAACGUGUGUAUCAGACAUGGCAGAGUGAGUUGGUUCAGACAUAACAGAGUGCCCCCUCUAACAGAAACUACAGCCACACUCAUUUCCUGCUCAGAUCUCAGCUUAAGCUCAGGUCAUAAAUAAACUAUUUCCUUAUCAUACACUCACCAUCCCUCCACUUUAAACUAAUCCCAUUUGUGUUAUCUUAUCUUUGUUCAAACCAGUGACCUGGAUAGUGCCCCUUGAAUCGAGGGUGAUAAUGCUUUCCAGUAAGUUUGUAGUUUAAAGUCACUUUACAACAACUUUUUGAAAAAUCCCACUGUUUUAGGACUCAGAUAUUAUUUUUCAGUUAAAUAAAGUUAGGUCCUGUUUUGGUGUUUCUUAGAACUGGGAAGUUUAACUCAUCAGAAAUACAUCGAUUUGAUACAUGUUCAUAGACGUGCUCUGCGACAAUCACUGCAUCCAUUGGACAUGGCAGAAAAGUGAUCAGUCUGUGAUACUGAGGUGUUAUUGAAGCCUAAGUAGUCUUUAUAGCGUCCUUCAGCUUAUCAAUUGAACAGGUUCCCAAGAGAAUUCAGGUUAGGGGAGUCAGCUGGCUGAUAAAGCACAGAAAUAUGCCGAUCAGCAAACUAUCUUGGUAGUAGUUUUGGCGUUGUGGGCAGGUGCUAGGUCUUGCUUGUAAAGGAGGCUGGCAUUAUCAUAAAGCUCAUCGGUAGAUGAAAGCAUGAACAUCUCUAAAACCUCCUAGCAGAUAUGCCUUUCCAGCAAUGACCUUCUGUGGCUUUAAGUUCCUUACACACCAGAAAUGAUGCAAAUAUACGACGCAGAAUUACGAAAUAUUUGGAGGUGAAUUUUGACGCGCCUGACUAUAUCAAGCGCAACACGAAAAAAACCCACUCCUGGUAUGUAAGGACCUUUACCCUCUUUGUGGAGAUUCUUCUUGACAACUGUCAAACCAGCAGGCCCCACCAUGGUUGUAGUUGAGUGAACUAAUCCAGAACAGGAGAUCUAUAUGUUAUCUAUACUGUGCAAAUUGUGAUUAAAUCACACUACUGAAAAAGCAGCAGAGUUUUUUUCUCUGCUACCAGGCAUUUACUCUAAUUCAAACAUUUUCUUGGUGCAGUAACUCACAAAGGCCUCACUGUACACCCCUAUUGUCCCAUUGUUUGUGAGGACAGUGGGGGAUUUACUUCAAAGUGGCACCACAACGCAGUCCAUGAUCUAUUUUCUGGCUUGUAUGUUAGUGAAAGUAGUUCACAUUCACAAGUAUAAUGGAUGACAUGCCUUGGGUGCAGCAAUAACAUAUGUGAAUUCUUAAAAUGAAUUGCAUUCCACUCCUAAUGCUGUCUGAAGCCACCAGUGGCCAGACACAGAGGCAUUUUUCUGGGUAUUAUUAUUACAUUACCAGGUGCAGUGUGAGAGCAAAAAUCCAGUUCCUCUUUUCUGCCACAAGCAACAAGAGAAAAAGUUAAGUAAUGCAUUCAAAUUGGAUUUCUCUUAAGAGGGAUUUAUGGCGGAUGUGUGCCCGGCAGCACAAUAGUGUGAACCAAAAAAAAAAUCCAAAGUUUGCCUAUUUACAAAACAAAACUAAAGAGUACCAUGUCUAUUUUAGUUUGCAGCUUCAUCUGUAAUUAAAACCUGCAGGAACUUCACAGCAAAAACCAACAAACUAAACAACAGAGCAACUCUGUUCGCUAAAUUCCCAUACCUUCAAACCCUGCAGGUGUCACAAGCCUGAACACACACAUAGAGGUCAAACGCCUCAGCAAGCCUGUCAAGGACGAGCCGUGAGCUGUCACAGUGGGAGGCCUCGAUUUAUUUGCAUUGAUAAUUUCUCGAGUGAUUUUAUUAGCACAUGGCAAGAUAUCCUCAGGACUGUUUGGUCAGCACAUCAGGGUGAUAGCGUCUGUGUAGAGACUACUAAGUGUCUACGCUUUCUCUUUUACAUGGCAGGAUGAUUAACCCGGCAUGUUUAUGGGUGAGAGUUUAUAGGAUUUAUCUCAUCUGAAUUCAGAGAUAAAUCAGCUGUUUGGAUCUGUGCCCUUUUGGAUUCUCUGUAGAUUUAUCAAUAUAGUUUAGAAGAGAGGACUUUUUCUUCUCAAGAGGACCUGAAUACGGUUUGAAACCUCUCAGUGAAGGUAUGAAAAUGAUAUUUAAAUGUUAGACUCUUUUUUUUGGAAAUGCAGUAGUGUCCAGUCCCCAACCUCACCAUUCUAAGAGAUGUCAUCUGUCAUCUGUGUUUGGUUUCAUCUCGAGUAUAGAGCGCUAUAGCAUUCUGGCAGAGGCCACAGUGGCAGAUGGCUGCACUACAGCUCAGGCACAACAUAUGACCAUCAUUUUGGAACUAAUGUAAUGAAAGUAUUCAUUAUUUUUUCUCGCAUCGACUUGCAAGAGUGAUGUUGGCCCUUUGCUAAAUCUCAGUUCUCAUCUAAAGUAGGUAGAGUGACCUUUUCUAAAUCUCAGAGACGCUCUUAAAGAAUCUCAGCUGAAAGAAAUUCAUCCAACCAUCAUGAAAAAAAGAUUGUUUCAAAUAAAUGUCGGACCCUCUCUGUUCAUCAGCAUUGUAAAGUGUUUCCCGUCUCGCUUUCUGAACCCGUUUUGUUUAAGCUGGCAGGCCUGAGAUGGUAUCACCGGACCACUCCUGCUUUAUUGCUUCUUAUUCAUGAUGGUAAAUAUGUACAUACCCCUCUGGCCUUGAGGUAAAGCCUUUAUCAUGAAAGGAUCUUCCAAGGCAGCAGCUUUUCAUGUGGUGAUAACUUUAACUGUUGUCAAAGUCGGGCUGACUUGUCGCAGAGCAGGUCUUUGAGGUAUGUGCAGCCUUGAGCUGCAGCACAUGCAGUUAGAAUGGCCAUUGGCAGUGGAAGAAAACAAGUGGAUGUAUUCCACCUGUUAUGUGUUUGAGGACUUCUGCGAUGGAGCCUCUAGUCAGGCAGUUUGGUCAUUGCCAACUUUUCCAGCUAAAAGGAAACACACUUGGCUGAAGUUUGCAUGUGUAGAAAAAUGAUGGGUUUAGGAGAUUGUCAAAAUCAUACAGGACUUAUGCUGCAUUCCAGUUGUACUCCGAAGUCGGGAUUUCCAAACUCUGAAUCGGAAAUUUAUCUGGAACGCCCCCUUGAAGUCGGAUUUCUGACUCAGAAAGUCGGACGAUCCUCACCAACCCCGACUUGACGACCAUGUCAUAAUGUUAAAAAAAAAAAAGGCAUAUGUUGUACUGCCCAACAGCUAGCUGUGAACACACAGUGCUUUGUAAGAGUAAAAUACUGUUAUGUGUUGUUUACAACUAGUAUAGCUAACAACAACUGACAACGGUUAACAACAGCUGACUACAGGCUAACAGUAAGGGUCCCAUCUUGGUUUUCCGACUUGUUUACUGGAGCGCUGGUAACACGGUUGUGGCUUUAUUUCCAGCUCCGACAUAUGACUUAAGAGGUAACUGGAACGCAGCAAUAAUAUUGACAUUUGAGUGUAACCUUUGACGUUGCAACACAAAAGCAAAGUCUAUGUAUAGGCAAGAGAAAAUACAUGUUUCAUUACAUAAGACCUUUUGUAGUCCUCACCCAGGGGUAAUUCAUUAGUCUGAUAAUUAGAUUAAUAACAAGCUAAGCCAGUAAGCCUAGUAUGGUAAGUUUAGACCCAAUACCUGCAAAUAAUGCAUUACUAUAGUAACUGAAACAACUGCAAAUGGCCACUUGUGGAACUGCAGUUUCUGUGUUAAACUCAUAUAUCGAACCCUGGACCUCGCCUCUUGAGGAGAAACUACUGUAGUAUUUCUGAGGUGUACCUGAAGUUGCACAAGCAGUAUCAGUCAUUCAUCUGUAUUCGAAAAGUACACAGUCAUGUCUCUUUAAUGAUUCCUUUGUAUUAACACACCUUGAAUGAUAUAAACAGGAAUACAGGCGUGCUUAAUCAUUAGUUUAAUACGCUGUGUUAUAUAAUCGAUAAUGUUUUUUGUGUAAGCCAUACCUCUCUGCCCUGCUGCUUUGAAUAUUGCCCUGAGCUGUUUAUACUGAAGGUCAAGUCCCUCCAUUCUUUGUGUUUGGUUACACAAACCGUAUCCUAGAAGAACUAAUAGAGGGAGAAACUUAAGAUGACAAAGCAACAAUAGGGAACACGGGGGGGAAGGUGUUUUUGCUGUCAGGCAGCAUGAGGACUCAAGGCUGUAUUGUGUUUUCCCUUCUCCUGAGGGUCCAUCCCCUCUAACGGAAAGCUGUUGUAGUGCUUUGCAGGUUUCUCUGUUUGUUUAGUGUCUGGUUGUGUUGAGUUUGCUCCUCAGUUUUGGUUUCUUACUGUAAUUAGUGAUUUUGUACUCUUUCCCACACCACAGGAUUUAAAACCAGCUCAAAUGAAUGACUCUGUGACUCUGUAAGUGGCUUUUCAAACAAUAAAAUGUGACGCAGUAAGCUUCGGGCUUUCAUGUCUGUUUGGUUAGGAGCAGACAAAAAAGCGAGAACCUCAUUUAUGAAAGACUUUUCUUUAUGAGAUCCUGGAGUUACUGUAAAUCCUAGUCUGCUCAAGGAAGACUUGCUGUAAGUUGAUUUGUCUCUAUUUGGGGAUUACAUGGUCUAGUUGGCAAACUGCGGGUUGUUAGGGAUCCGCUGUAGUUCCACAACACACUGUUUAAACUGUCUAAGCUGAAUCCACAACACAUGCAGUUUGUUGACUAAACAGUGAGCAGGUGAGCUCCCAUUACUCCGUAUUCAGGGCGCAUUAUAAGGAGAUUUUCUCCUUUCUUUCAAUCUGUGUUAGCAGCACAUUGGUUUUAGUAUAAUAGGGGAAUUCAACUGAGUAAUUGAAAUGAGGUUUUCUGAACGCUUUGAACUCAACCCGUGAGUCAAAUGUUGGUCUCACCUUGUUAAUGCAAACCUGUGACUCAAACAUAACUCAUUACUUUUCAAUUUACAUGCAAAUCAGGACUGUCUGUCACAGUAUCAGAGUUUCAGCUCAUGAUUUCUGCGGCCAAAUUCAUGUUGAUAUAAUUUAGAAGAAAGCAAAGCUGUCAGUUGAAUCCGGGAAAGGCAAGUCAGUAAGGUGACAUGUGACUUCAUAAACUUGACUAAAAAAUGCAGUUGACCCACUUCUGAUCCAAAAAAUUCUUGAAUUAUAAACUAUUUCAUUUCACUUUAUAAUGGUUUCUGAAGUCUGUUUGUCUAAGCUGUAACACAGUCCUUCAGGCCUCAAAACAAACAUUAAAAUCUGCCCUGAGGACUUCUCUCAUAAACAAACACGGUUAUGUUUCCAUUCUGUGUUUCCCACCAAGACACUCUCUCUCUCUCUGUACUCUUAAGACCUUAACAAAUGUGUUCAGUGCCUCUUCGUCUUCAUGAAACUUUCCCAAAGCUGAUUUGAAAACUGUUUAAUUGGAACCAGCAUUGCUGAAAAUGUUCCUCCUUUUCUUCAGUGUUUGAUUCUUUUCUUGGUGCUCUGCCACAGUUACUCACAUGAAUACAGAUGAAACAGCAUAAUACAGAGGGGUAUCAAAUAUCCUCUCUUUGUUAUAUAUCUGAGGCCUGUGAUUAUAGGAACAAAUGGCAUAAAAGCAUUGUUCAUUAACUGAAGAAUAGUGCUGUUGGUCUGUGUACAUGCAAGAUCUAUCCAGACAUCUAUUCAAAUACUAAAUAGAAAUUUAAGCUGAAUUAAGUAGUCAGACAGCAAACAGGCCAGAUUGAAGCUUCCUGCACAGCUGUUUGAGAGCAGCGGUUUGGAGUUUCAGAGACUUUUUUAAAUCCUGAGUCUGGGAACUGGUUCGUUCGACCCUUUGUGUUUCUUUGUGUUGUGGUCUCGCCUGACUGUGUGUCCUGACCUAAGCAGGUGACGUCUGUGAUUAUAAAUGUUUGAAGACUAUUGAGGAUUGAACGUAUUAAGAGGAUUUCGCAGUAGGUGUAUGACACAUGCACACGCACACACACAGGCCUCCCUCUUAGGUCCUCAGGCUAAAGCCUCAUGUGAUUUUUGCUUUGUUUCAGACAUGCUUUACCUUCCACUGUAUUCUGUCACCUCUUUUCUGUGCGCUUAGACCAAAUGUCUUAUUUUGGCUAAAGGACCAUCAUGGUACAACACAAGUCCAUAUACCAAAACUGGUGCCAGCCCUCAGUUAUGUGAUCUUCCAACACUUUUUCCAGAUAGUUUUUCCUUUUAGAGAGAGCUCACUGGAAAGUUGUUCAACUUUGGAAAAAAUUGAAUUUUUUUAAACUUCUUUUCCAGUACAAUAGUUUAUGUCAAAAUCUUUCCCAUCCCAGCUCUGAAACAAAUACAUACCGGAUACAUUUGGAGUUAAACAGAGACACUGAUGGUGUAUUCCCCUGCUGUAUGGAUAUUUUUUUCCUUAAAUAAGGACGACAUCUUGAUUGGCCGUCCAAUAUUGCAAAGUGGAGAGUUAAACAGAAAUGUAAAGCUAGUAUAGAAGAAGCAGAAAAUUAUGUGUUUAUGUCUUCAUCUCUGUAGAUCUUGAGCCACAGAGACAUGAAGAGAAAAUACGACUGCACUAAAUAUUGUCAGUAAAACCUGUCUGUGUCAGGAGGAUUACACAGAACAGUGUUAUCCCUUCACCCUUCAGCCUUCUGGGCUGAACUUUGCUUCUACAUGUUGUGAUCACUAACUACAUCCAGAAAAUGUAUGCCUAUUUUAUGACUGAGCAUGGCUGAAAGUAAAAAUGACAUGACCAACAUUUUUUAUUCCGCAAACAGUACAGAGUUCAUCAUAUGAAUACUGAGAAGACAAUGAAGGUCCUCUCCUCCCUCUAGAUUCAAUUUGCAAUGUAGUGGAAUAGAGAUUGGAUAUCUCCAUUAUCUCAGUAAUGUUGCUUAUUAUCCUCGUAUUCAUUUUGAAACUGUAAGUCUUCACCACAUGUGUGCCCUCUGUCUUUUAUUGAGAAUUGACCCGCGCCGCAGAAUCUUUUCCUGCAGCUGCUUUGGGAAUGAGUCCCAGAGAACAGCUGCACCACUGAUUGGAUUUACAGUUUUGAAAGAGCAGCAUCACAGCAAAGUCACUGUCAUCACCGUCACUUAGAGGCUGGAAUGAACUCCUCUUAUCUGGUGUAUCUUUAAUUUGGACUCAGGAGUAGUUAGAUCACUCUCACAGCAUUACUCUGGCUUUCCACUGCAUCGGGAACGGCAGCGUUUUUUGCUUUCUGAAUCCGUUUGUGAGGCGAAUUUCGUGGCAGAUUACAAACAGCAGGAAUCGCAAGAACUCACAAUCACAAGAACCAUCAUGCAAGAAUGAGUUGUCUCUAUGAAGACGGCCACAUAACUAUAUAAGCAGUAGAUUGUGUCCUUCCAAAGGAGGAAAUCCACCUCUAGACUUAUAAAAUCAGCAUCUCCUUAUCCAUUGUGUCAUCGGGGUGUCUUAAAACCUUUCGCUUGUUUGUCCCCGCCUGUUUGCAUAAUGUGAAAUGCGAUCUGCCUGAAACACAGAGUGUUUUAUUUUGAAACUUUGACUUCCUUUCCAGCACAGGUUGAUCUGUGCUAAAUUUUUCCGGUGACCGUAAAAAAAUAGAACUCUUGCGAUCAGCUGCAUAGUCCAGCGAUCCGCAGUGGAACGGAAAGAAGCCAGUGGAAAUUGACACAUUAACUUGAAUGGUUACAGUUAGCUGCGAUCGGCGGAUAUGUCCUUUUCGUAGCCAUUCCUGGAUGCGGUAGAAAUUAGGGUUAGUUAGUUUGUAUGUCCACAUCAGUGUUUCCAUUUCUUGUGUAUUUGUGUACAGGGCUGUCCUGAUACGAUGUUGAUAUCAUAUAUCGGUCCGAUAUCAGCCAAAAAACAAAUAUUGGAUUAUAUUAGCCCUGCAUCUCAAAUCUCCGAUACCAGCACUCUGAUACAAGCAGUCCAUUCCAGACUCCACUCCGGCACCUCUAUCUAGCAGCUUGUCAUGCACAAGUUUGCACCAAUAUUGAGUCAAUAUCGGUAUUGGCCGAUUAGGCCUGGACGAUAUAGAAAAAAAGCAUAUCGAUAAAAAAUAAAUCAUAUUGAUCGAUAUCGAUAAUUAUCGAUAUAAUUAUUAUAAUUAUUUAACAUAUAUUUUAAUUGCAGCCCUGGAUGUUUUAUGCUAUUGCUUAAUGACCUACUUUUAAUAAAGAACACACAAGCACUGAAUUCCAAUUCAAACCUUUAUUCAACCACCUUUUUUAUUUUACAACUGAAAGUUUUUUAAAAAAGAACUAAAAAAAAAGAAAUCAACUUAAGUGGCCUGAGUGACGUCAGUAAAUACUGACAAACAUAAAGACUAAAGUGACCAGAAAAUCUGAUAAAUAAAUAUUUAAAUAGUCUUUUGAUGAAAAUAAACAAAACAAACAAAUAUAUAAAUAAACAGAAUAGUUUUAGGUGGGAAUAGCAUACUACCAGUUUUAACUGUGUGGGAAACUGCCCACAGCCUGGUGUCUGAACACUGAAAUAUUUCUCCCGGGGUCGGGAGAUUUAUUUUUUUAGAUUAUCAUGUGAUUGACUUAAUACACAAACUAAGCACGAGAAGCAGGACUUAUCCACGCCGGUGUUGUGUCGUAGAAUGCACCCCUGCCGAAUGCACCCCCUGCUAGCAGCCAUGAUCCAAAUACUCGCGUCUUUGUAAAAUAUGAGCUCAUUUUCUUCCACUUUAAGAAGCUAAUGAGUGGACGGGAUGCAGGGAUGCAUUCUACAGCACAACACCGGAACGUAAUUCCUCCGCACCCUUCUCACCUUUUCAACCCCUGACCCAUUUUCAUGCCUGAAGCGCUGUGUUUGAGACAUACUUGCGGCCGGGCACUUCAUAUCGCGGGUCGAGAGUGGCUAGAAGCUGGUCGAAGCCAGGCUUUUCAACGGUAGUUAUUGGCAGUAUGUCCCUCGCUAUGGAGCAUGUUACUGCAUGGGUGAUGUCCUUAUGCCGCUCGGACGCUCUGUCGCAUUUUGGCAAGAAACGAAGUCCGGUUUGGUCUGCUUCACUUGCUUUGGGCUGGUGCUGGCAGCGGCUCCAGAGGAUUCCUCCUCCGACGACGUGGAGCCGCGGCGCGACCGACACAGCUCGUACUCCUGCGGGUGCGAUCGGUUUAGAUGGUAAAACAAGUUGGUUGUGUUACCAGACUUGGUUUUUACUAAUUCUCUGCAAAUUUUGCAAACGACCGCUGUUCGCUUCUUGUCAGACUUCUAAAAACCAAAACAUUGCCAUGCUGGAGAACUACUGAAACCUUUUUUCGGGACAAUGUCCUCCGCUUCUCCUUGCUGUAUCAUUUUUUCUAAUACACGUGCUGUCUGUUGUGGUUUGAUAGGGGUUGGGCUUGGUGCCGUAGCGUACCUGGGUCUGCGUUUGUGAUUGGUUGGGAGGAAGUAAUGACUGUAGUAAAAGCUACAUGAUAGGCUAUGAUGAAAAAGAAAGGGAAACUGUGCUUUUCUAUCGAACUUUUUAUCGACCCGUUUUUUUCCUAUCGCACCACACGUCUAUCGAUCGAUAUAUAUUGUUAUCGAAUUAUCGUCCAGCACUAUGGCCGAUACUGAAGGCUACAAUAUCAGUAUUGAAUCGGAAGUAAAAAAGUUGUACCAGGACACCCUUAUAUGUGUAUCAGCCCCUGUGAUAGGCCUUGUAGUGAUUGUGCUUUUAUGGGAAUAUGAGUAAAAACUAGAACAUUCUGCACAUGCUAAUGCCAUUAUUGUGAGCAGGUUGGUAUGCAGAUGUUACCACAAAGCUCAAAGUACUAAUUAAUCCAAACAGCCUUCACACUGAUCAAAUAUAUCCUCUGCUCAAUAAAAAAGAACCACAGUGUAAUUGAUUGGAUUAAGUUGGCUCAGACUUCAUGGCUAAUGUAACACACGGGCACAUUCUGUCACGUUUGGACUGACUGCCAUGUUGAAGCUUUAAGUUAUUCGUAUGGAGAGAACAUUUGACAUUGCAUGGAGAUGGUAUGUGUUGCAUCAUCCUGCUGCCACUUGAGGGUGAUUACGUGCUCGAGAGAGGAGUGAAAAAACGCUCGAAAAACAACAUGCCCUUUUCCCAUGAGCAGCUGUGAUGCGGUCGUGUUUAAGUGUGAGCAUGACAUUCACAGCUGCUCCUGAGAGGCCCAUAUGUGCUGAUGUACAGUGACGGCCUGGAGCCUCUCCCGUCUCCGUCUCGUCUCCUCCUCAUUUUGUUUAUUUUUUAACAUUUCUGUCAUUCCCUGGUUGAUCUCACACGAUUUCUCUCCUCACUCACUCCUCAGCUGUGUCAACUGCCUGCUGCGGCCCAUCUCACACCUUCUGACUGUGGUUUAGCCAACAGCCACAAUCACAGACUGUGGUUGGGAACACAGAAAACACUCAGGAAACAGAUCAACAGUUCAGCAGUUUGGAAAAGGCUUGUUGUAUAACAGAUGGAAAAAGACAGACAUGUCCCCUUAUGCUUUUUUAACAAAAACAAAUUUGACAUUAAUUUACAGUACCAACCAUACGUGAAUAAGUUAUGAAAGAUAUGAAACACGAGCUGCCAGAUUGUACUGUUUUUCAGCACAUAAAGAAGAUUAACUCUAUCCAAUAAAAAGUAGGUUACAAUAUUAUUUCCAUCAUGUUUCCAAGUUCCUCUGUAUAUAAUUGAAGUUAUAUAACUAAUAUGCUUAUUCUGAGCCGUGACCUCUGUCAACAAUGCACAGGUUUAGAGGAAAAUUUACAUGUUUUCAGCCCGGUUAUAAAAACAGUUUGAGUCAAAAUAGCUCACUUCUUUAGUCGCAUGAAUUGCAUGUUGAACAUAUAACUAAAUCAUCUAUUUUGGAGUUUUUGCAUAAUUAGGGUCAAGAAGUUGACUUGCAGCCUUGUGUGUUGGGACUAAAAAAGCUGGACUGUCUCAUAGGGCUGGGUGAUAAACCGAAAAUUUACAGAUACCGAAAUUUACGACAAUAACCAACAUCAUUUUGCCCGUGUCAAUAUAUUCAGUGUUAAAAGAAUGAAAUAAAUAAAAGUUGGUUUUGGAUGUGUGUAGGUAGGCUAUGGUGUCAUGACCCUUUAGCAUGCGUUCCUACGUUGGAGACGUGACUCCACACCAUCUAGUCUGUAGCAAAGGGGGAAAGACAGGUGAGGAGAUGGAGAACGGUUCAAAAGUUGUAACUGCUCAAUAUAUUGUGAUAUUGAUUUGAGGCCAUAUCGCCUGGCCCUAUAGUUUUGACAAAUUUUUCAACUUGUUCCUCUCAACACUGUAAUAAGGUCAAUUUUUCAGUGCAAAUUGAGGUUAUGACUGAAAAUAUUCAGGCAUCACCACUGAAUUAAAGUGCUUUGGAUAAUGCUGCUUAGCUGUGAGCAUGUUUACAGCACACUCUGAUUGCUUGACAUCUUGUUUCUGGUCUGGAGUCACUUCUAUCCAUGAGGCUGUUUUCCCACAUCUCCUAAAUCUUUUGUUUGCACAUGAACUGAUUGGAGGGUUGGCAGGACAUUUCACCAAAAUUUGAAUCAACACAGUCACGGCCUAGGUCAUUUAACUCUUCUCUGUAACAGUGUCUUCCUCAGUUUUUCUCCACUUUCCCUCACGUCCAACAAGGUCAUGUUACUGCUUUGUUUUUUGGGGGUUUGACAGAUUUUCAAAACUGGUCAAACAUCAGACACGGUUGUUUCCUUUAAUUCAAAACUUAUGACUCAGGGUAAUGUUACAGUCUCUGUCCCUGUUGUUUGAUCCAGGAAUUCAGCUUGAAUGCUGUUUGUCAUGGAGGAUCUCCAGGAGCAGUCCUGUCUUGAAUUAAUCUAGCUGUUGUGAUUCCUCUCUUUUCCCUUUUCCCUCUUAGUUAAGUUCUCCUGCACCCAGAGGUAAUAUUUGUAAGUGGGCCGAACCGUCCCUGAGGUUGCUUGUUUGGAUAUUUUUAAAUACAUUUCUCCUCGUUCUCUGUGUGAUUUGUGGCCUGAUUAUCUCCUGCUGAGUAAAACCACGAGAUGGAUGGCUCACAAACAUCCUCUCUGUUAAACACAUGUAUCCGUAAAGAAGACAACCGCAACAUCGAUAUGAAGGUUUACAGAGGCUGACGGCGUGGCGGUGGGAGGCGUCGAGGUGAAGAGGUGGCGGGGAUGGAUGAGGGUGCAGAUCAGAAGCUGCGUGGGUGGUGGGAUGCACGGUUGGGCAGAGGCUGCGUCACACAGUUGCAUAAGGACUUAUGCAGGCAGAGGGGAAAUGGAUCUGAAGUAAUUAGCGUGGCCCUGCCUGAGCACUCAGAGAGGGUGAGGUGUUGAGUUUUUCAAACAAUGUGCAGCCCGUCCAUUAGAGCGGGACAGAACAGUCAACUCCGCCUGUUGUUGACUUUUACGGCUUGAUCUGUCCUUCUAUGUCAGAAGAUAAACUUAGCUAACACAUCUUUUCCAGCUCCUGCUGUUCAGGCCUCCAUAUAAUAAGACUAAAAAAAAAAUUCUUAAGGAGAAGAUCCAGUUCACAUGGGGACAUGUGGUCUUUUAACCAUUAAAUAUAGUUCUCUUUAAUAUGCCUCGUUUUACUGCACUGUGGUCGAAAUUUACAGCCUCUUACACUAAAACUCUACAGCCCCACACUAAAUUAUGUAUGAAUGAACUUUUCAUCAGAUCCGCUAUAUUCUCACAGUUGCACCUCCGAAACUUUUAAAACUUUUUUAUAUGGCUUCACUUAGGCCUGGGCGAUAAACCAAAAAUUUACAGAUACCGAAAUUUACGACAAUAACCGACUUAAUUUUGCCCAUGUCAAUAUAUAUUUAGUGUCAAAAAUAAAUAAAUAAAUAAAAGUUGUUUUUGGAUGUGUGUAGGUAGGCUAUGGUCUCAUGUCCCUUUAAGACGCUGUCCUAUGUCAGAGAUGUGACUCCACCCCAUCCAGUCUGUAACAAAGAGGGAAAGAGAGCGUCUGAAGUAGACAAAGUUAAUGUGGGAGGGGGUUAGCAGCUUGUGGAGUAGUUAUCGUUAAUUUAUCGUUAUCAAGGUGAACUGUUCAAUAUAUUAUGAUAUUGAUUUGAGGCCAUAUCGCUCAGCCCUAGCUUCACUUACACUGUUCUUGCAUAGAGGUUCAAAAAGCUGAAUGGAUGCCACACAGGGACACUUUGCAACCCAGGAUACAGCUGCCACUUUUAAUCUUAGUGUAAGCAACAAUGGCAGCCUAUGAUUGAAUCAACUGCAGGGAGGGAUGCAGCAAUUAUCAGAUUUCUCUAUUAACCGUGCUUUAAAAUUGUCACACUUACUUAAUAAUGAAGGCACCACUGCACUGAGUGCUUCUGCUGUCACUCUCAUUAUGUUUUCCCCCAAUCUGUACAGAACAAUAAACAAAGUGACACCUGUGGUGCAGCAGCUUGAUGCGCUGAGCUCUCAGAAAGACAGGGAGGCUACGCUUCAUUAGCUUAAUGAUGGCGGAGGGACUAAGCAGCAAAGUUUUGUCUCCAUUAAUGAAACAAGUGAAUUUGGCAGAGUGAGAGCAUUUUGGGUUCACCGAGAACGACCAGGUUUGACCAUACAGAUACUUUAAAGUUCCAGACAUCUGCACACUUGCAAUCUUUUGUUUUCUUCCUCAUCCUCACAGCUCAGUGCAGUGAAAAUAGAUGGAGUUUAUCUCAGUUGUUUUUUUUAAAUGUGGGUGGAUGUUUGAGGUUUGGCCUGGAUGAGCUUAAAUGAGGAGAAAAAAAAGAGUUUAUGCUGUUUAGACGGAUUGUGAUUCUUUCCAUUGGAGCCAUUGUCACACUAGUUUUCCCCGCGGUUUCACUCUCUUGCUGUAUUUUUGUCUUCAAUAAACUUGGCGACACUUCUCCACAGACUGUUUAAGGUGCGACAUUUCUCUAUUUUUCUGAAUGACUUUCUUUCAAAGACUGUUUGCUCCAGCUUCUCUUAUAGUUUUGAAACUCAUUUAAAACUUUUGGCACACGGCUCAACAUUAGAAUAAUAAACCUGAGUGCUGUGAGGUGGUAGUGUUUUGAUAGGGAGGAAGUGGGUCGCCACCCUGUUCCUUAAUAGUCCACACUGGCUCCUUCUGUGUGCGUGUUUGUGUGUAUCCAAGGACCUAAAAGCCUAUCGCAGACUGAUCCUCAUUUAUCUUCAUUUCUUUGUCUCUGUUACUCCGCCUGUCCAAACAGGUAUCUUAAUGUCUGUCCUGCAAUGUAUCCUACUUAAUGUAACCUCCUGAGCCCUGCACAUGGAAGCUGUAAAAUCACUUAUCUUGUCAAGUCUGUUAUUAGACAUGGAUCAUUUGUUCUACUCGGUAAUCAAAGCCAACUUAAAAUGAUGACAAAUAGCUGUUGGAAGAAUUAUUGUGAAAGAUUCAGAGGAUUAUGAUUCUCUGGAGGAUAUGAGCAGCCAAACUGGUCCGGUCCAAACUUGUGAAUGUUUUUGUUUUGUCCAAGUUGUCAUCUGUUUAUAGCCUCUUUGGAUAAUUUUCUCUGACUUCACCCACAUGGAUGCAUAAAUAUUUACAGUAAUACAGUGGAUACAGCACUAAUGGUAUCUGUCUUUUGGAUAUGGCUUUUUGGAUCAUGUUUAUCUUAGUUGUGAGACAUUUUUCAUUUCUGGUUUUCACACAGAGAAAAAAAGAGAGUAGGUCGGCUCAAAUUAAAAGCUUCAACGGUAUGUAAAAAAAAUACAAAUAUGAAUGAAUUAAAAAGUUUCAGCUCUGCCGUAGCUCGUCUGUCAGUCUUACCCUUGCACAUUCUCCUGUGUGGCUCCCUUGAGGCAGUCAGAUGACCUUUCUCGAACAGCCACUAUUUUUCAGACUUUGUUUUUAUGAGCGCCUUAUCAUCUGUGACAGGGCAGGAUUCGGCUGCCUGACAGAUUGUUUGGGUCUCGGGUUAGUUUUGUAGUUUCUGCAGUCAAUGUCAAGAGACUUUUUUUUUUUCAUUUCAGGAUUAGUUUGGGUGUUUUGCCGUUUUUUGAAAAUGAGGUCAGGGUUUCGAUUGGACCCUACCUGCUCAGUGAUGGUACAGACUGCCUCCUGUUCGUUGCCGUUGUUUUGUGUAAAAAAGAGUCAUCAUGAAAGCAAAAAAAUCUUAGUAAGGGAACAUGUGGAGUUUUUAAUUUAUGAAGUUUUUCCCGUGAACAUGGUUAAGGGUUAUGUAGUAUGAGCGGCCUUAGCAGACAAACACUGCAAUGACAUGGUCUUUACAAAGCUAUACUUGACUCUCUUUCCAUUCAGUGAAUCUCUCUGUCUGUCCCCCUUCUGUUUGGUCCUCCUUUAAUGAGGAUUAUCCCCCUUCAGUGUAAUAACAGGUGAGAGGAGUGGCCCUCUUAUGUCAACACUUGUUCAUAAUCUGGGUCUCGACUGUCUGUUCUUAAAUCAAACAGCCAUUACAGUAUUACUCUGAGCUCAAACUGCACACUCUGUUGCAGUGAAACACUAAAGAAGCUGCAUUAAAACCAUCUGGUUUGAGGUACACUUGGUGUGGGGAGCUCCUCCAUCUGUCUUAGACGCUCUCUUAGAGGAUGUGAAGCACAGAUGGAGGAGAUGAAGGUUUGCUCAGCUGUACGUUAAGCCCGCUCUGUAACUGAAACACCGUCUGCGGUUAGUUUCGUUAGUUUUAGCAAACAUCCCUGAUCCUGCUAAUAAAACAGGACACAGUGAGCAUUUAGCCGUUCUUCCACUCUCACCGUCAACUUUCUUUACAGUUCAGACAUUCAUACUUCAGGUUAAUAUUACGGGUGGGACUCACAAUACAAUAUUAUCACGAUACACGGGCCAAGAUACGAUAUUAUUGCGAUUUUUUUACAUUUUGCAAUAGAGUGAGUAUUGCCAUACAAUAUAUUGCGUAGGGAUGUAACGAUAUGAAAAUUUCACAUCACGAUUAUUGUGACCAAAAUGAUCACAGUUAUCAAUAUUAAAACGUACUUAUACACGCCCUGAAAUCAUUUAACAAAGUUUUAUUUUGAAAAAACAAUCAAAGUAACAUGCAGAAUUAACUUUUCCUUAACCUUAGAUAACAAAGGAACGAUAAGCUAAAAAAAUUGAAGAAGGGGCCUUAGAAGAGCCGGAGGUAAUCAACACUAGUACAAGUAAUAAAGUACAAAGUAAUGUGCCAGUGGCUUAAACAUUAACAUUAUAACAAAUAAAUAAAAUAAUUAAAAUUUGAAUCUGUAGUACUAACCCUCAGACAUUUUACAGCGGUUUCUCAUUUUACCGGUAAUCAUUACAUCCCUAAUAUUGCGAUUUAUAAAACUUUUUUAACUGUUUAGCCAAUUUAGCAUUUGUCUGUCCUUUAUGUUUGUCGUAUUUACGCUGUAUUUUAUUUUCAUGUAGCACAUCUUGCAAACUAGGGCUGGACGAUAAACUGAAAAUUUACCAAUACUGAAAUUGAUGACAAUAACCGACGUCAUUUUGCUCAUAUCGGUAUAUUUGGUGUCCAAAAAGUAAAUCAAUGAAAGUUGGUUUUUGAUGUGUGUAGGAAGGCUAUGGUCUCAUGUCCGUUUAAGACGCUGUGCUAUGUCAGAGAUGUGACUCCGCCCCAUCCAGUCAACAAAGAGGGGAAGAGAGCGGCUGAAGUAGACGAAGUUAAUGUCAUUUAUCAUUAUCGAGGUGAACUGCUCAAUAUAUUAUGAUAUUGAUUUGAGGCCAUAUCGCCCAGCCCUUCUGCAAACCUUAUAUAUAUAUUUGCUAUAUGAUGUCACCUCUGCCAACCUCACUGGACAUUAUCAUAGAUUUGGCUUCAUAUUAGCAAUUGAUUUGAAAAAUCGAUACUUGGUAAAUGAGACGAUACGAUAUAUCACCAGACAAAAUAUCGCGAUACUAUGCUGUAUCGAUUUUUUCUCCCACCCCUAGUUAACACACUGUUGGUUUGGUAGAUUAUUUAACAUCAGGGGUUUUGUGCUGUGUUAUCUUAAUUUAAGGCCAGUUGCACACUUACAUUGUGAACUGUAGGUUAGACAUUAGUGGUUGUUUAAACAAUUUUCAGUCCCGUAGGUCAAAAGAUUCAUAAUACAUACUUAAUUGUAUCGCACAGCCCCUGUAAUGACAUUGUCCCUGGCUUCAGUUUGUCAACUGUUUCUGCCCUGUGAAUAAUUCAUGAACUGUAUGACUUGGAAAUAUGAUCUCUGGAGGCACCACUCGCAAUCGGUCCCAUGCUUUGUUGCAGCAGAGAUAUUUAUGAAAUUCAGCGAGGAAAGGACACCUUGAAAAGUUGGCCUGAAAAGCAGGAGAGAGGCUGAAACCUGGAACCUGAAUAAAUUAAGUUUGUAAAAGUUGCGGGUUCGCUGUUCCAGCACCAUAUGUUGCUGUUAUUAUUUCACCCUCUGUCAGUGUUGGUGAGUCAAACAGUAAGACAGCGCCAAAUGUAAUUGAAAGUCACAAUCAUAACAUUCUCAUGGCAGCAGGAUAGCGAGUAUCCAGACAGAGAUAAUGACUGUCUGGUCGGCUCACCUCUGGCACUUUUCUCAUGCUCUUCUACCCAAACUCAAAUAUUUUGUUACCACUCAUAUUAAUCACUAACAUCACUUUAAUGAACUGCAGAUGGACUCUGUACUUCUUUCCAGAUGGUGGCAGUGUGCUGCUCACUUUCUCUGUCUUUUUGGACAAUUCAGUCCAAAAUCUGUUAGUUUAAUUCUCAUUUCUCUUCAUUAACUCAUGUAACACACUUUAUAAAUCUCUUGCAACCAUAUUUGAUUGGAAAUUAAUCACAAAAAUGUAAAACUUGUUGAACAUUGUGGCGAUUUCUUAAACAGAUAUAUGAAUAAAAAUUUACAUUUUUACUCUGGGGACAGUUUUGAGUGUAAUUGCUGCUCCUCUUGGGUUCAGUCUUCCUUCUUAUUGACAUGGAAAAUCCCCUUACUCUCAACCUUCCUCCUUUGAGCAGAUUUUUUUCGCCGUCAUGACUCAGAUUUUCCUCUUUCUCCCUGACUUCUAUAAACACACUUGUCACACUUCAAGUUUUUUUUUUUUUCCAACUCUCCACAGUGGUUGUAGUCUCGCUGCUUCUCUUCUGCUGAUUCAUCAACAUGCCGCACUUCUUUGCUUUUCAUCCCCUCAGCCUGCGCGGACAGAGAGACGAGGAGAGAAUGAAGAUGUGUUCGUCGGUGUGAGUCUCUGGGAUGCUCGACAGACCUGCACCACAUGCUUUUUGAAGGCCUCCAGAAACUAAGACAGGCCGUCUCUGACAGGUUAGUGGAACGUUUUCCAAUCAUGAAAUGUUCUCUUCGGACUUUGAACUGUUCCUGAAGGCUCAGAGAUAUGGAAAAAUAUGACAAUGAUAACUUUAUAUAUACUACAUUGGUCAGUAUGUGUGCUUUCUUACUGCUGUUAGUUCCACCAGUGUCCUCCUGAUGGUAAACCUCGUCUUAAGACAGUUUCGAACACUUGGCACUUCAGAUUUCAUGAACGCUUCUUUACCUUCCUGUAAAAGUAUCAAUAAUUAAAAAGAAAUGCCGACCAAAGCAGUUUCAUGUCAAAGAAAUCAGUGUGACGCUUCCCAGCAUUCAGAGCAUGUCCAGGAGGGCUGUUAGCAGAGCUUGUUUCUCAGAGCUCAGCAUGUUUUUGGAUGAGGAUUCAAUUAGUCUUCAUCACUCGCUCACAAGUUUUUUUUUAUUUGAGAAGAGAAAGAAAGAGAGAGAGAAAGCAGAUCAUUUGCAGAUGUCUUGGCCUCUUCAAGAUUUCUUGAUCAGCACUCCUCUGAUCCCAAUUAGAUUUUCUGCAUAUUGAAUAUUUCCCAAUCUGAUAGUUGUAUUUACAAACAAAACAUAGCUGCACACCAAAUCUGUUGUUAACAAAAGUACAUGAAGAACACAAAUUAAGUACAAGCGAACUCCAUUCAACCUAGACCACCUAGCUUUGUCGUAAAACACACACAUGAAAUCAAAAUACAACUCAGAAUGAUGUAAUAGCUAAGUUGAUCUUUCAGACACAAAAACUAAUGACAAAUCUACCAAGUGCUGCAUUAUAAUAACUACCGUGGAUCCAAAAGACGACAAAAACUUGUUUCCUCUACCACUGAGAUGUAGCAGUUAUCAAAAGCAAAGAGCUUAACCACCUCCUUUGUGAUCAUUUGGCCUUCUUGCUCUCUCCUGGGUAUUUCUCUUUCCUUUUUAAGUCCAGAGUUUGUUAUUUUGGAGCAGCAGCUUCUCCUCCGCCGCUUUUCUGAACAGGGUGUUUUUCCAGUUUUUUGAUGUCUUAUCAAAUUGGAAUUGUAACCGAGCAUUCUGGGUUCACCCAAGUGUGUGCACUUUGUAAAAAAAAAUAAAAUAAACAAGGACACUGAUGAAGAACUCCAGCUAAGGCUGCAUGAACACAUGCGCACAGCCAGCCAGGUUAUAACAGCAACAUCAACAAUGGCAGGCUACGGAAACUCUCCAGGAACAGGAGGGUUCAAAAGGUGAAAACAUGAACAGGACAGUCUGUUCCUGGAGUCUGAAUGCUGUUGCUAACGUCUCAUGAAACUAUCGCAAGAGGAUAGUGGACUGUUUUACAUUCUAGUUUGAAAUAUUUCCACAUUUCAGCUGGCGCGUAUCUGAUGUAAAUGAUCAGGGAUGACUGGCUCGCAUUGCAGAUCUCAGGUUAGUUUAAAACAUCAACAAGACGGAGCUAAAAGUUAACAUCAGCAGCAGGACAUCCCUAGUUUGAAGCAUUGAGAAACACUCUACUGCAAACUAAGUAAUCUGGAGUUGUUUACGUUUCUGCUGUCUGUCAGGCUGUUCGAUCUGUCCAAUAAUAUCACCCAUUUUUGUCCCUGAUCUGUGCUGUCAUACAGUGACCUGCAGGAGGACUGCACUCUCCCAUGAACUCUCUGCCUUUACUCCAGUCAGUUUCCCGGACUUCUCAAACAAAGUGCCUUCUCUGUCAUGGUUAAGGUUUAAUUGUCGUAAAGAAUCGGCCUGCAGCUUUCUGCCCACACCCACAAAGGCAGUGUGCAUCCCACUCUGUGUGGAUGUUUACACAUUCCUGCUGUGUGGGAGUCAGCAGCAGAUCUUAAUCACGGAUAGGGGUUUUGCUGUAAUUCCAAAACUGGAGGCGUAACCCUAAUCUCUUUGGCACAUUAUACAGUAAAUCAGAGUGUGGCUAAGUCGGGUGCCUGCCAGUUCGAUACAGCCAUCUCAUUUCUGUGGAUUUAUGACCGGACUUACGAAGAGUAGUAAUUUCAAUCUACAAAGCUCUCUCUCUCUCCCUCCUUUCUCUUCAUUUGUGUCUAAACUGAUAAACCGCCCCCUGCUGGGUGCUAAACCUUUGCACCAGUUUUAUUUCGGAGGUGUUCGCGGAUUGCUUUGUGCCAGAGUGGAUUACUUUGGAAGCGAGGAGUCCAAAGGGUCGCCUGGCGGAGGCCGGUUUUAGCUGCUGCACAUCCAGAGGGAGCGAUGUCCCCACGCAGAGGCUGCAGAGACGUUGAUGGAUUGGCCUAGCUUUCUGUCCGCUCCCAGUCCCAGACGUGUGGCGUUGUUAUGAAAAUAUGGAGGGAAGCAGGCUGAUGGGCCGCAGAGAGAUGGCAGACCGGCUUUUGAUGGAUGACCACCAGCAGGGCCCCCGCUCCUGAUAAACCUGAGCUGUUGCCUCCACGGAGCCGCUUUUAAUGCUCACUAAAAUCAUCCCUCUUAAAUGUUUUGUGUUCUCUUUUGGGAAAAAUAAAAUAAAGAGCAUAAACCCCGAAACCACCAGACAGAUGUACCCAACAUUGCUGCAAAGCCACAAUUGAAUUUCUUGUUUUAACUGGAAUUUCACUUUAAUUUCCCCUCUCGGUUUCUCUUGGCAGACAGAAAAGGAAGCAACAGAGUUGUCAUUUCACUGCUUCAGCCUGUAAUUCAACUCCCUCAGAUGAAGAGGCUGAGUCAUGUUUGCCCCCCCUCCCUCAAGCCUAUAAAGAGGAAGUGUUAACGGUGGCAUUCACAGAGGUGAUUUGCAGCCUGCCUCUUUACCCCAGCACUGGUGGCCUUGCAGCGGCUGAUUGAUGGUGUUUGUUGUGCAAUCCUGGACUCCAACAGUGAAUGGUUUCCGGCUGCAGCGGGCACGGGACUUUACUUGUGGCGUAUUUAUGCUCCCUUGACCCCCUAUGGAGAGGAGGACACGACUGACCUUGACCCGGCUCACUGGUGUCUCUUUGCCUAAAGGACAAACUGUACGCUCACUGGUGUGACCCAGUUCUAGGAGCAUGGAGAUAAAAGGAAUGGACAAAUCUGUGUUUGUAUGUGUGUGUUAGGCUGUGGCAGGGCAUAGCCUACUUCUCGUACCCUACUUUACCCUGCUCUUCAUCUGAGAGCCGAGCAGCUGAGCUCCUGCCGCACCAGCUCGUCCUGCUCUUUCCUUUAUUUUAAUUCAUUUUGGCCAGAUGGUGGAUUACAGGUCAAGGCAGAGGCUGAAUGCUUCCCUGGUCACAAGAGAAGACUUUCUGGAAGCUGAUCCCUUAGCAACUCAGGAAGUUCGAGAGACUAUUUGUUACACUCCAAUGAUUGAGCACCCCAAUAAAAGUCGUUUAUUAUUCAAGGUUUAACAAGGACACAAACUAACACAUUAUUCUGUUUGACUCAAAAUAAAUGAUCCACACAUUAUCAAAAACUUCUCCACGAAGUUACGACCUUAUUUCUGGCAGCAGCAGACAGCUGUUUGUACUGAAAAUCCUCUUAUGAAGCUAUAUUAGGCAGCUAGCUUUAGUCGCUAAAGAGCCAGAUAUUCUCUCACAAAGUAAUAGAGACAAAAAGAGCUAAAAAAAAAAGACCAGGGUACUGGACUUAGAUUCAAAAGGGGGCUGGAUUGAGCAGCUGUUUGCAAACAUAUUUUCAGGUUAGGAUAAUAAGUGGGAAAAAUGUAAAAGUUUGGCUCAAGGUUUGACCUGUGGUGUCUGGACCAAAUAAUAAACUAUAUUGUUAACAGCUGAAAUUUUUUGAAGUGAAACAAUUUAUUUGUCUUAAAGUACACAUUUACACUACAUGUGUCUGUAUGAAGCAGUUUAUAUUAAUUCCAACAACACAUGGUUAUCCUCAUGCAGUAGGUGUCAAAUCAUGUUGUAUCUUUAUUUUAGUUUAUCAAUAGUUGAUGUUAAGUCCCUGAUCUGACCACAUCUCUAUGGAUGUAGCUUUUCAUUUGUAGUGAAUGUGAGCGCAAUGUUGCUGGGACUCUAUGUCAAUAGCUACAGAGUAGGGCUGGGUGACAUGGCCUCAAAUCAAUAUCACAAUAUAUUGAGCAGUUCACUUCGAUAACGAUAAAUGGAGGAUAACUACUCCACAAGCUGCUCUAACCUCCUUCCACAUUAACUUCAUCUACUUCAGCCGCUACAACUUGAACCAUCUUCCAUCUCCUCACCUGUCUUUCCCUCUUUGUUACAGACUUGAUGGGGUGGAGUUAUGAAUUUGACGUAGGACAGCAUCUUAAAGGGACAUGAGACCAUAGCCUACCUACACACAUCCAAAAACAACUUUUAUUUAUUUAUUUAUUUUGACACCAAAUAUACCAAUAUGGGCAAAAUUACAUUGGUUAGAGUCGUAAAUUUCAGUAUUGGUAAAUUUUCGGUGUAUCGCCCAGCCCUACUACAGAGUCUCUAACUGGAUGAUCUAUCUCAGUCAAAAAUUUGGCUUUUCUGCUGUCAGAUAAACAAGUUUCCUAUUUUUUGUACAUCUUCGAAAAAUAGCGGUUUAUUACACCGAGUAGAUGAUCUCGAAAUAUCUGGACCUUUAUUAGAAAAACAAAGUGGGAAGGUGUCUGGCCGCACAUAAUUUCCACAAUAUAUGACACAUUAGACUGUUCACAGAAAACAAGAGGAACUUUUUUUUUGUUAGGAAUGGUACCUCACUAUGUAGAGGCAGAGUCUCCAUCUUUGCCCACAGGGGGCGCUAAAAUCUGUGCAAACCUAAAGUCCUUCUCAAUUUAGCUUAAUGUGUUUUUGAGACAAACUGUAAGUCAUAAAACUAAAAAUUUAGUGUUACUGGAUAAGAUUUAAAGACGGUUACACUGUCAACUUUUUUUCAAUCUUAUAUUCUUAAAUUUGUAGCUCUGCAGCUUUUUCGCGUCAGCUCUUAAAUAGAGACUCAACUCUGACAGGUGAAAAGGCUGAAAUCCAACGGCUAAGUCUGCUUCAAAUCCCGACUUUAUAAAAGUGAGGGGAUAUCCUCUCACAUUUCCGCUCUCUUCCCCUGCUUUCUUCUUGAGGGAAAGCAGAAUGGUCUUUAACUGACAGCUCCCAUUUCCCGGCUCACAGCCUCUUUCUUCUCCCUCUUUUUCACUGACUGACAAAAGCAGCGCAGGACUUUGCAGAGUUCAGUUUCUUUGGUCAAAGGAAAUGGAAGAGGAGGAGUGGAGCAGGGAGAGAGGAGGUGUAUCUGUCAGAGAGAGGCUAGGCUGUACCAAGGAGGAGGAGGAGGAGGUGGAGGGGGGAGGAGGAAGAGGAGGGGACUGUGCUUCCAUUCACAUUGGCGGCAUUUGGCUGGAGAAUGUCUUUUUUUGAGACAGAGGGGGGUUAGAGAAGUUUUCCUCAGGAGGGCUGGUUAGAAACAGAGCCAAACAUCCAGGAGAGUGAGACGCUGAAGGAACUGAGGCUGGAGGAGAGGAAGGAGCCGGUCAGACUCAGGAGCAGACAUGCAGGGAACAGACUGGGGUAAGAAACUGGGAGAGAAGGACGGUUGGAGAAAGGGGAAGUUGAGUUAAGAUUUUAUUUGCAAUCAAGGUGGCAGUGAUGUUUUUUGGGAACAGUCUCAGUGAAAACGUGUUGGUAUUUGAUGCACUUAAAUGUCACUUUAAAAGAAGUUGAUUUGUGUAAAGCCUGUAGGCAGCUUUUUGAAUAUUUGUGUCAUGAUUUGAGUCACAUGGUCUCUAGUUUCAGCUCCCCAUGUGUAACUGUUUACUCUUUCUUCGUCAUAUGCGACACAAAAUUUAAGAUAUUUUGAGUAGUGACCAAAAAAAGUGAACUGUGCUCAUAAAUUCAGGCCUUUGAAAAGUAGUGAUUGACUUUAAAUUGAUAUUUUUAUUUUUAUCUCCAACUUAAAGAAGAGGAUAAAUUAUUGCACCUUUAAGACUAGCUGAGAAUGACUGAAGCAUCCCAAGUUUGUCUCUUAUCUUUAUCUUUUCUCAUCGAUUCAAAAAUGUUUUCAACCUGAAGAUAAAUCCUCAGUGUGUGUGUGUGUGUGUGUGUGUGUGUGUGUGUGUGUGUGUGUGUGUGUGUGUGUGUGUGUGUGUGUGUGUGUGUGUGUGUGUGUGUGUGUGAGUGGGAGAUGGGAUGAGAAACAGGAGGCCUGAGCUUUCUUUCACUGCAGUGUAAUCAUUGACAGUGUUCAUCGAGCAGCCAAACAUACCAGCAGGCUUUCAUCAGACACUCCCGUGUAGGUCACUGUUUUUUUUUUAUAUUAUCCAUUAAACUAACAGAGGCUACCCAGUCUGCACCGUACUCUCUUUACUGAGGAAUUUGAUAAGAUUGUUAUCAACUCAACUCUUUUUUUUUUUAAUCAGGAAUCGUUCUGAGAAACUCUAGCAGUGACUCAUACGUAGAGCUGCAACUCACAAUCAAUCUGGGUUACCUUCACACCGGUGAUAAGAUAAAUAAGAUAAAACCAAUCAGGUGUUUUAUGUUAGAGAUUAGUGAGGUAUGUGUGAUUGUAGUCAACUAAACAAUAACUCAUUCAGUAUGCCUUAGUCCAACUGACACUUGACUUUUAAAAUCAUGUUAACGCAUUAGUCUGAGCAUGAUCACACAAAACCGAGCAUGCUCUGUGUGUGCCCCAGUGUUUGCGGGAAGUUGAAUAGCAUGGAUGUGUUGCUAGGACGCCGAGAGCGAGAGCUGUUGAAGCGACAGUGUUUUCAUCAUUCGACCUACAUCCUGUUAGCCUCUUGCUAACUUGUUUUGCUGACUGUUUUGAUAUGUAAUUGGUCAAUCAGGAGACAACCUGAUAGUAACGAGCUGAAAGGAGGCUUGAGGCCACCUACUGUCAUGAAGGAGGAUGUGUUCUUGUUGAUAAAUCGAUUCUUGCCAGUGCUUGUAGACUGGGACAAGGACAGUAGUCUGUUGCUGUUCGGUCAAAUAGAUUAUUAAAACUUUCUAUUGUUGUUGGUCUGGAGUGCCUGUUUGUAAGCUGUAGUACAGCCACCUACUUUUAGAUCUUUGGACUAGUUGGUCAGUGGGACUUUAUAUUUCUGUUUAAACGAAUAUUGCACUGCUGCUUUGUAAUAUUCUUUAAAUUCGCGUACUUGUAGGGCUGUCCCGAUACGAUAUCGGAUAUCAGUCCAAUAUCUGCCAAAAAACAAAUAUAGGGAUAUAUCGACCUGUAUCUAAAAUCUCCGAUAUCAGCACUCCGAUACACUCCUUUAGCUAGCAGUGCCUGGAUCCAGCAUGCAGAGCCCACGUGAUCACAACAACAGUGUGUACUAAGGAACAAACAAAGUAGCUGUGUGGCAGUAUUUUUCGUUAAAGUCCGAAAAAGACAUUGCGGCUGAGUGCAAAACUUGUCAUGCACAAUGUCGGAUCAAUAUCGGUAUCAGCCGAUACUAAAGCCUACAAUACCAGUAUCGUAUCAGAAGUUAAAAAAGUUGCAUCAGGACACCCCUACGGAAUGACUGAUAAUUCCAAUAAGAGAUGAUAACAAGGAGACUCAACGUCUUUGGACAGAUAACAUACAAGUCAUGCAACAAGUAUCUGUUAAACUGAUUCAAUAGUCAACAUGAUUUUUGACCAACAACUGAUGAGAAAAAGUCCAAAUUUGCAAUUUCCAUAUUUUAAGACUCGGUCAAGUGAAUUUGAAGUCUGUUAUAACAGAGAUUAAAAUAUCAAUUUAGAUUGUGAGACUUUUCAUCUGCCCUAGUUGGAAACACCAACGUUUGGCCUGGUGACCGCUGAAGUCAAUGUAAGGUUAGCUGAGGUGUCUGCCUGUGGAAAGGUAGGUAGGUCAUCUGCAACACUAAAAUAGCUUUGUCACAUUUUCUCUGUGUGUUCCAGUUUCCAGAGAGAGAGAGAGGGUAAGAAUAAAAAGAGAUAGGAGGGAGGAGGAGGAGGAGCCAGAAGAGAAAGAGAGCGAGAGAGAGGGAUUCAGAUGUUUGGGCAGAGAGAGGAGUGCAGAGCGGAGGAGGGGAUCUCCGGACUCAUUUGUUUGUCCCCUCAUGCAAAUCCUCUCUGCUGAAAACUGAGACACUUGCUGUGUCUUAAUUCAGAAACCCUCAUUAGUGCACUGCUUACACUAGUGAAACUGAGAAUAUUGAUCCUUGUCCUCAUUUCCACUCUUCAGUACAAACCCUUUAAAAAAAAAAAGCUUGAGAUAACAAGUAAAAUGCACCUUCGGACAGAGAGGUUGUUCCUGCUGUCUUUCCACAUUUCCUAAAAUUAGGUCUUUCUCCUCUCUCUACUGAAGCCUCAGGUUAGACCCAGAGUUCCCCAGUCUAGUCCUCCACCUGGUUUGGAGAGUAUAUUUAGACUCACCUCUGUGGCUGUGUGUUUAUGGCGUGGUCCUAACAAAGACGGAUUUAGCGCGCAGGCUCUCUGAGUUUGUCUGAAAGCAGGUUAGUGUGACGUUGCAGGCUGGCAGAGCAGGGCAGGGCCAGUAAACUGUGGAUACUGUAUCUUUGUUCAGUGGGCUCUGUAUAAAGGCCUUCAGACUGCGUGGGCCUCAGUGAAAUAUAAGGUCGCCCAGGCAGUGAAAGUCACUGAGCGUUAUCUUGUCUUACUGCUGUGUACGGAGUUAAAUACACUGCUGUGAGUGGAGUGACCUGACUGUCAGUCCACAGAGCAGACUGCUGACUCUGUUUCUCAUCUCUUAUUCACUCAAGUCUUGUAGACUGGCAGCUCAGCAACUUUUGGUGAAUGUAUUGAUCUCAAGGCAUGGAUUUUUCAUCUGUUAUGGCUGGGGUAAGAGUUUCAUCACAGAAACAGGACGUGCCAAAUAAGCUCUAAUUCCAGAAAAUCCCUUAUCUAAACUUUAAUCUCCUCUUUCCAGCCUGUGAAAAAAAACACUAAAUUCAGGAUUUUAAAAAUAACCUCCUUCUACUUUUUGGGGAUGAGAGCCUCAGGACAGGACCAUGGAGCAAAGGGAAAGGUGACCUGGAUGAACAUGGUGGUGCUGACUUGGUCACUAAGGCCCCGUCAAUACAUACCCGGUUAUUUUUUAAAAACGUAGACAUUAACCAUUGUUUGCACCCUUGAUUAGACGAAAACGGAGAGUUCGCCCCUUAAGUUUUAAAAACUCUGUUUGCACGCUUGCGUGUAAACGGAGAAAAACACGGGAAAACAGAGAUUUGGGUAACGGACGGCAGAUCGUGUGCGGGAAAGAAGGAAGGGACGUUGUUGUUUCUGCUAUGCGGGAUUCUGAUUGGCUAACAUAAGCUUGAGCUACUCGCUACACUGCCACCUACAGGUUUGUAUUAGUAUUUUGUAUUUAUUUAUUAAGCACAGAUUAAAAACAGUGCAAGGAGGGAACGAAGCUGAUAGGCUUAUACAAAUUUCCACUCCGGUCAGGGCAGUGAAGGCAUAGGGUGCAAACAACAAAGUAACUAGGACAUAGACAGGAAGGUAACUGAAGAUGGGCAUUUUGUCUUGUAAAGUACGUGUGAAGGUCGGAUGAAAGGGUAAAAAAGUUUCGGAAAGUUUCAGGAGGGUCUUGUUUGUUAUUAUGUUUGAUAUGCUCUUGACAGUUUAUAUACUCGGGUGUAAACAAAAACUUUUCCAAAAACGUAGUAGUGUGCACGCAGGUUUUUUUUGUGAUCAGAGAGGGUUAAAUGUCCGUUUCUGAAAAUAGCCGGGCACGUGUAAACGUAGUCUCACUACCCCAGAUCUCAAUCCAAUCGUGCUGGACAACAAAGCCUGAUCCAUGGUGGAUCCAGAGAGGUCCCAACUGAAAACUUAAAGGUCCUGAAGGAUCUGGUACAAACAUCUGGGUUCCAGAUACAACAACACACCCUUAGAGGUCUGUUGGAGUUCAUGUCUCAUCAGGUCAAGGCUGUUUAGACCAUAACUGAAUGAUUGGGGGUCGAUAUAGUUUAGUGUAUCUGUCUGGGCUCAGAGUCAGAGUAUAUCUGGUUUUCAUGCUGUUUUGUUUUGAUCGUGGAGGCCAGCAUUUCCGUAAGCCAUCUCUUCAACCAAAGAGCCCAGUAGUAACAUGCUCGUUUCAGUCUUUGGAUUUAUGGACCCUCAGUUUUAUGCAGAACUGUCAGUUUAAAAAAAAAAAAAAACUGCAGUGUUUGCAGAUUCUCUCUGUGCUGUUUUUACCGAGUUUGAUCUAUGUGAGAAAAUCUAUAAAACUGUCAGCGCUGAAAGCUCAGGAGUGAAACCCUAAAACCUCGAGGUGACAGCGUUUCAUCUCCGGAGCUGCUGCAGCUGCUGCUCCAAACAAAUUAAAAACAAAAAAACACUCUGUAAUGCUGGAGGAUGAAGAGAUGUAUGAAAACCAGAGGCUGUGGAGUUCCCUCAUCUAAACACUGACCAGCUCUGAUUGUGUCCGUGUUCACAGUCCUCGCCCUCAUUAGCUGCUGGUGUUUCUGCACAUUCCUCCUGCUGGAGGAGUGACUGACUCACUGAGCCUGACUGACUGACUGAGGGGCAUUAAACCCUUCAAGGGCUUUCCACAGACAAAAACAGUCUGCUCACAGUCAGCUGACACUGUGGACAGAGUGGGUGGUGAAGAAACAAUUUAUAGGCUUUGCUGCGACAUUUGAACUGCAUAUAUGAGAUGUAGAGUCACUGUUGAGCUUUUGUGCUUAAACAAUGAACAUAAAUAGAUUCUAAAAGGAAGCUGAGAUGGUUUGAUUUCUUUUUUUGAGCACAAAAGCCAAAAUGUAUUGGUUCAAACUUCUAAAAUGUGAGGAUUUGUGCUUUUCUGUGUCAGUAAUGUUGGUAAAUUAGUUAUAAACCUUUUUAAAAUUGUAAUAAAUCAUGAAAGUAGUUAGAUUUAGCCUCACUGUAGUGUAUCUAUUCAUAUGUAUUGUCUUUAUCCACUCCCUCUUGUAUCGUCGUCAUGGAUUCUUUCGGAGUCAUUAGUUUUUAAUGUCCAUUUAUCUUUUAUUGGGCCGUUUCAGAGCCUAUAGGAGAGUGUCAGAGCUAUAGAACAACUGAAGGCUUUUAAGAGGCUAAGGAGGGGUCUUGCCCUCGCUGUCAGCCCUCUGACCCCCUCUCCCAUCCUCCCCCUUGUAAUGUUUGAGGCCCCCAUCGCUAUGACAACGAAAGGAAGCCCAAGACCGCAUGAUCAUGACGGGGGCUUUAAAACACUCUGAGAGUAGAGUCCCUGCAUAGCUUCAGUCAUCUUGAGUUUGGAGGGAUUAGAGCUUUUUCACUUCUUAUGUGGAGUGAGUGAAGGAAGUGACCGAUCCCCCUCCUCAUCAAUGCCCCACCAAAAGCAAGAAGAAGCAUUUGAGUAACUUUAAGAUAUUAGAUUAGAUAACUAUAAGAUGUUAGAUUUUUGUCUUAUUGCAGACCUUCUCUAUGUUGAAAACAAGGCGUGUGCUUUCAGGGGCAAGCGCCGGGUUGCACCAGUUAUGCAAAAGUUCAAAUGCAGCCUGGUUUGAGGAUGAUUUGUGAUUUGAGACAGAAUGAAGGAGUUAGUGGCUGCACAAGCUGAAGUAGUUCCAGUAAAGCGAGGAGGCUGUGACGCAUGAGAGAUGUGGGAACAUGUAAUAUCUGCAGCAAUAUUAUGUAGGGCUGGGCGAUAAACCGAAAAUUUACCGAUAUCGAUAUUUACGAGAAUAACCAAUGUCAUUUUGCCCAUGUCUGUAUUUUCCAUCUAAAAAAUAAUAAAUAAAAGUUGGUUUUGGAUGUGUGUAGGUAGGCUACGGUUUAAUUUCCCUUUUAGAUGCUGUCCUACAAAAGAGACAUGACUCCACCCCAUCCAUUCCGUAACAAAGAGGGAAAGACAGGUGCGGAGAUGGAGGACGGUUCAAAAGUGGCGGCUGAGGUAGAUGAAGAUAAUGUGGGAGGGAGUAAGCAGCUUGUGGAGUAGUCAUUGUCCAUUUAUCGUUAUUGAGAUGAACUGCUCAAUAUAUCGUGAUAUUGAUUUGAGGCCAUAUCGCCCCGCCCUAAUAUUAUGGUUGAUUCGGACAUCACAUAGUACAAAUGAAAAUGAACCUCACAUCUGUAUGGGGAAAAUAAACGUCACACAACAUGAGUGAUAAACUAUCCAGUUUCAGUGCAUGUUCUAUACACUCUAUAUGAAGACAGAACCUACACAGAGCUGGUGUAUAAACUCUCCUACAUGAGAACAAAGCCAGUCUCAGACACACAAUCCUUUCAUUAAUCUGUGCAGUGAAACAUCGUCUCAUGUUUGAAUGAGUCCCCUGGUUGUUUUUUUGUAACACUUGGACAUUGUUGGACCAUUGGACAUAAUGGCACAAGCCCCUGUGGAUUAAUGUAAAGACUGUGGCAGCAGAAACAUAAAGGGGAGGAUUAAAUGGCAAUUUAUUUAUGAUUAUUUGAAACAAAAAGGAGCUUAAUCCUCAUUACACGAUAGCCAGUGGAUUUGGUUCUUGGAUUCAGACAGUGUUUUCACCACCUCUAGAUGUAUGUGAUUGGCCGAUACUACUCAGAAUAUCUAAAUGCUAUAGAAUGCCUUUGUUUUGUGUGUGUGUGCACAGUGUACAUCUGAAUUUGCUCUGCAUCUGUAGAACAAACCCUUAACAUUCACCACUAAACACAUAUGCACAUUCAGUUUAGUUAGACAAAGAGAAAGAUUGAAACAUUGAAUAUUAUUGCAGUUUAUUCCCAUUUUAUAUACCCAUACCCUUAACAGUGAGUGCUGUAAUGUUUAUUUUUGUGCUGAUACUAGAAGGCUAGUAUAAUCCCAUUACUCAUGUACCUAAAUCUGGUCUUUGUCUACAGAUUAUGCAUAGAUAUGCAGAUACAGUAUCUGUUUAUAGAGAUUACACAUAUUCCGACAUCAUAUUGCAGCGCCAGAUUUGUCACAGUCAUAAUUAUGAACCUAAGAAGGGAUCAGCUAACUCUGAAUUUGCUAAUUACUGUGCUGUAAUUACAGUUAAAUGGCUAACAUAGCCGUCAAGGCUCUCGCUGCACUUGGCAGGUGGGACAAUAACUUGGCAAGGCUCUGUCUUGGCAGGUUGGACCCUCGGAUGUGUGCAGCCAGCUCGCCUGCUGUCGGCCCAUUUCUCACCUUAUUAGUCAUCCUAACACUAAUUAACAGCAUGGACGGUGCCCCCCCCCCAGGUUUAAAACCUGUAUUGUGUCAACAGGAAGGUUAAGAGGAUCAGACAGUGGGCGAAACAAGCGGGACCGUCUAGCUUUUCUUUCACACAGAGGGAUUGACCAACAACCUGCAAAACAGAGAGUGAUGUAGUGAGAGCCGCCGUUUUUGUCAUACUUGAAAUCUUUCAGUCAGAUGUCUGCGACUUGCUAGACAGCCGUGAAACUCAAGAACAGGACACACCCGUCAGUCGGAUAUCCUCGUAUUCUGACUCACUGUGAUGUUUUGAGAGCAACACCGGCUCUGCUGUUAGGAUUGUUGUCAGUGAACCAUGACCUCAUCAUCAUGCGUCCUGUUGGCCAUUGUUCUCCGCACAACACUCAACUUAUUCACCAUCCACGGGACUGAUGUUGACAUCAUAGUCUCACUGUGUGUCUGCUAUAGUGUCAAUAUUUACCAGCGGCAGGCGUAUGAGAGCGAGGGAGAUAAAAGUAAGUGGGCUCUUGUUCCUCCUUGAGUGUUUUGUCACUUCUCGUAGCUUUAUCAUUUCCUCUUAAGAUGAAUUCAGAAACUUUCAGCACCCACGGCUGAAGUAUCACAGCCAGUUCAACCUGUCUCCUCCUCUUUGCAAUUUUACUUUGAGAUAUUAUCCGCAGUUAUGGACUCUUAGGGAUUCCCAAGGCUGAUAAGAUGUGUGCGGACAGUAGCCUUUGUUGCUGUCAGAGAAAAUGCCAGCAUGUUAGAAGCCAUUUUACAUCUCAAAUGAAAGGAGAGCCUUUUCCUCUGCUGCCUCAUGCUUCCAGAGCCUCAUGCCGCAAGCCGUGUUUGUGCUGCUUGAAUGGGCUUCAUGAAUGGCUCGUCCUGGUUCUCUGUGUGUGGGCCAACAUGGUCCUGUGGGAAGAUUUGUAUGCUUCAGUCUACUGUAUAUCAUCUCUGUUUCGCCUCUUGUCGCAGCUCCUUUGGUUUUCCACUUUUGUAAAAAUUCCUUGAAAGCAUCCUGUGAAAAAAAAAUAUCCAAGAUAGAGAAUAUUUGUAGAGAAAACACAGAAACAUACUCAUAAUUUCAUCAAGUGUUUAAUUUCCCAGCAAAAAUGACAAUGAGCUCAGCCCUGACGGGGAAACACUGUGACGUCAAUGACAUAAAGAGCUGAAACACUUGCAGACGGCUCCCAAUUUGCUCUUUAACACUUGAGACUUGAUCUCCCAGGAGCACCCGAGACUUGAAACUCGACUUUUAAUCCAAACAUGUCCUCACUGGGUCAACUUUAAAAUGACUCAAGGAUUACAUUUAAGCCUGCAGACAUUUACAACACUGGCCUUAAGCAAGUUGACAGGUCCUGCCUCCACUAGACUUGAGAGCUGACUAGGGAUCUCUGGGAUGACUUGCGAUUUCUUUUUUGACUUGUUAUAGCAAAAAUUAAGAUUGAAGUUUCUUCCUGAGGGCUUAGGACUUGUUAUAUUAGGCUUGGAGUUGCUACUAACUUGAAAGCUGACUUGACUGACUGACUUUUUUGAUUUGGAGUUGAUUCGAAGGACUUGCAACUCUUAUAGUAAAUAUUUGAAAUGAAGUUGUCUUGACACAAGUCUUCCUCUUGUCAAAAAUCACAAAUUUAACAUAGCACUUGUCUUUCGAUUCUGGAGACUCAACCGAGCUUCAAAGUACAAGACUGAAAUAUUAAUGUCCUGUUUUGAGUAUUGACUUUGACUUUUUCCUUAUGCUUCGAGACUUGGUUUGACUCGUUUCAAGUUGCUUUCAAAACUCAAGAAUUGACCUGCUCUUCUUCUCAGAGACUUGAAAUUUUCUUUAACUACGUUUUACCUAAAAUUUUCACAAAUGUUUUAAAACUUUGCUUGGACUUGUUUUAGUAUAUUUAAAUGUGAUAGACUUGUCUUUAGUGGGGACUUGGUUCAGAUCUCUCAAGAACAACUGUGGACUUGAGUAGAGACUCGACACAGACUUGUUCUUGUAAAAACUUCAAAAUAGCAAGUAAAAGACUUCGACUCAGGCAGGUGACUUAACUUGCUGUUGAAAGACUUAACUUUGAUUUACUUUGUGACCAGAGACUUGAUUUGUACUUGACUUGAACCUCUUCAAGAGAACUGAAAACUCGCCUCCUAACUGAUUUCAGAGUUGACUAGGACUUGUCUUGACUGACUUGAGUGAGACUUGCCUCUAAAGACCUGAAACACCAAUAAUUAAAAUAAUGAAGACACCACUGUUGUGUUUUUCCUCUCACAGAGCGAGUGACCCCUCUACGCCGCCAUCAUGGCCCUGGUUCAGGCUCUGCCCCUCUCUACUGAGCCUCACACCCCCGGCCACAGUGGAGGAUCCCGCAGGAGACACCCCUCCUCUUCACCCCCCACCAUCGCUCAAGCCUCCGCUCUGGAUCCCAUGGGUUCUGUCAGCAGCCUCAUCGCCGCCCGCCCCGGACCCUACCAGGAUCUGCGAUCUGGCGUCGAGCUCGGCACCAGGAUGCGACGGCCAACACCAGGCACCUCCUGUCUGGGCUCGGAGUCACCACAGGACCCUUUAAUGCAGAACAUCCCCCCACUCAUGAAACAGAGCUCCACCGGCUCGAACAGGGGGCAGGAGAAAGACAGUGGGAACGGGAAUCACACGUAUCUAAAUGAGGACUUUGUAGGAGACUGGAAUGACAACCAUGUGACACCCGGGAGCCCGGGGAGUGAUGCAGACGGGAUGAAAGAAGGAUCAGGGUUGAACGGGAAUGUGGGGGGACCUCCUCCAAAACUGAUCCCUGUGUCAGGAAAACUGGAGAGGGUGAGUGUUUGAAUAAAUCUCAAACAGAUGCAGUUCGUGAUCGUUCAGGCUAAAAACAGAAAACACACAGAGUUAUUUUCUGGCGUUAAAAGACAGAUAUACUCGUCCAUGUUCGCUUUCUCCUAACAGAGUUUGUAUUCUGUUUACAGAAUAUGGAGAAAACAGUGCUGCGACCCACUGCCUUCAAACCCGUGAUUCCCAAGAGCCGCACCUCCAUGCAGUACCUCUCCCCCCGCCAUGUUGCCAACGUACCAGAAAGCCAAAACAACCUGAACCUGCUCAGCCCCACCCACCAGGACGCAUCGCCCUCCAGCUCGGAGAAAUGCGGCGCAUACAGCCGGACACGCAACAGCACCGGCAACCAGUCAUGUCAACUGACCGACUCGGGGCGCAACUCUCUCUGCAGCCUUCCCCCCUACAACAACGCCCCCUACAGCCAGACCUCGGGGGAGACAUCUGCUGGUCACCUGGAGCCCAUGAAGGGCGCUCCAGCCGUCAGCACGCACGUACACUCAAACUCUGACAGCGGACGAUCGUCUUCCAGUAAGAGCACAGGCUCAGGCUCGCUCAGCGGCCGAGGUCACCCUCUGUCUGACAGCGGGUCAGGGGGGCGCUCCCCGGGACCUAUGGAGGGAUACGAAGGAGUAGUGAGGGACCUGGAGGAAAAACUGAGGGAGAGAGAGUUGGAGCUGCAAACACUCAGAGACAACCUGGACGAGAACGAAGCUGCUAUCUGCCAGGUUGGUAUAAACUCUGAAUAUGAGUCCCUAACUCAAAGGAUUUGUUCAGUGGUGAAAACUUUGUGCGGUUUGGCCCUUUAUCGCAGGUUUAUGAGGAGAAGCAGAAGCGCUUUGAGCUGGAGCUGGAGGAGCUGAGGCAGGGCUGCGCCACCAGGAUGCAGGUCGCCUCCCAGAAGGCCCAGCGUGCUCAGCAGGUGCUUCAGCUGCAGGUCAGGACCUCUGAUAAAAAACAAUCAGUCAGGGCGCUCUGUGCACCUCAGGGCUUGACACUAACUUUUUUCACAAAUAGGGAGCACACAAAGAACUUUAGGGGCACAGUGAAAAGUGAUCAAAUAAUGUUUGUCUUAUUGGUCGACAUAAGUACUUUUAUUUGAAAUCAAUUUUAGGUCAGUUGGUCACAUGACAUGGAAGCUGUCGAAGAAAAUGUUCAAAAUUUGCCUUUAAAUUUAACACAAAAAUUUUAGAGGACAAAUUAGGGAAAUAAAGAGGUGUGUUUUCUCGUUUAUCGUAAUGCCACCUCAGCUUACAUGACUUUAACGACUUCUCCUAAAGGUGUUCCAGCUCCAGCAGGAGAAGAAGAAGCUGCAGGAGGACUUUUCUCAGCUCCUGCAGGAGAGGGAGCAGCUGGAGGAGCGCUGCACCUCCUACGAGCACGAAAAGAUCCAACUGGGGCCUCGGCUGGAGGAGAGCAAGUGGGAGGUAAGAGGAGCAACAGAUGUUUGAUUCAGCAACUGUUGAUUUGACAGUUUCACCCUCUCUGAACUCUGCAUAAAAAGAAAUUUGAUUGAUCAUAAAGUUUCUUUUCUCUCCUUUCCUUAGGUGUGUCAGAAGUCAGGGGAGAUCUCGUUGCUGAAGCAGCAGCUGAAGGAGGUGCAGGGGGAGCUGGCUCAGCGGGUGGGAGAGAUCGUAUCACUGCGUGGUCAACUCAGAGAGACUCGAGGUGAGCUCACAAACACACAGGUCCUCCUGCAGGAGGCCAACGGGACGACGCGCACCCGAACCCUCGAGCUGGAGGUUUGCGAAAACGAGCUCCAGCGCCGCAAGAGCGAGGCCGAGCUGCUCAGAGAGAAGGUGGGACGCCUGGAGGGCGAGCUGAUUCAUCUCAGAGAAGCGUUAACCAACCAGGGCCCGGGAAACAGGCAGUGCCAGGUGUUCCAGGAGGCGGAGGAACACCUGCUCGCCUACGAGAGCGACGAGGCGAAGGCCCAGAGACAGAGCGGCACAGAGGCGCUGCAGAGCAUGAAGGCGCAGAUGGACAGGACGAGGGCGGAGCUCGCCUUCGAGCGCCAGCGAGCCGAGCAGCAGGAAGGGAGCUUCGAGGAGGAGCGCAAGAUCUGGCAGGAGGAGAAGGACAAAGUGAUCCGCUACCAGAAACAGCUGCAGCAGAACUACGUGCAGAUGUACCGCAGGAACCGCGAGCUGGAGCAGCUGCUGCAGGAGCUCAGUCAGGAGGAGGACGAAGGCAGCGGCAACGAGAUCAACUUUGAUGAGAUCGCCGCCACGGAAAUCUAACCCUCAUGUCUGUUCAUGUUUGAUUUGCACUACCUUCAGCUUAAAGGGAUAUUCCAGCGUAAAAUUAAUUUAGGGUCAAACACAUCGUAACACUGAGUGAGACACCACCUCGAGAGAUAAAUGUUGCUGACCCUUUCUUUCUCUAGUUUUACCAACUUUAGUAAUGACCGCACGAUAGCAAUACACAGCGGUCUGAGGAGCCAUAAACAAACCUCGACCAAACUGUCACAAAUAAUACUCAGAACAGCACCUAACUUCAUCAACAGUACAUAUAGGGUCCUAGCUAUAGUACUAGCCAUCAAACAUCUUUUUAACUUUGUCUGAUUUCUUUGGCAAAGAGACUAAACACAACUCACCUACUCUCUUCCAGCAGCCGCUUGUUUGUAGCGAGACCUCGGGCCAGUCAGUUACAGACUGCUGCAGGGUUUCGCAGCUCAAGGAAGAACAUUUAGUAACGGCCGCACGAUAGCAAUACACAGACCACUGUGUGUUGCUAUCAUGCGGUCGUUACUAAAGUUGGUAUAACUAGAGAAACAAGAGGUCGGCAACAUUCAUCUCUCAAGUUGGUGUCUAACUCGGUGUCACCCUAAAUUAAAUUUUGCGCCGGAAUAUCCCUUUAAUUCACGCGCAUCCUGGCUGAUAGAGUCACAAGUAGACAGCUGUUCACACCUGGUGUUAUCACGCAUCUCCACAUAUCUCUGUAGGGACCUGUUGUGAUUGGCUCUCUCUUCAAUGAGCUCCAUUUACCUUUGCUCGCCUUUUUGCAGUCUCAACUUUGGAUUAGCGCCGUUUUUGGGCAUUUUGCUCAACGUUAAAAGAAUAUGCAGUGUGAAAUCAUCCACUCUUUAACUCCGCCUCAUUGGUCGACUCUCUGAGGGGUCCCACUUUAAAGCCAAUGACCUCUAUUAGUCAUUAGUAGGCCACCUGAGUCCUCUGCCCCCCUCGUUAAUGUCAGUGUGAGUGUUUGCAGUCCCUAAUGAGGCUUCAGCUUCCUCCUUCUCUUUAACCUCAGUCUUAGUUUUUCUGGGAGUGUGUGUGUGUGUGUGUGAGUAACUACCCCUUCAACCUGUUUAUCGUGACUCCGCCUCCUCCCCGCUGAGACUAACGCCACACUCCCACUCCACAUUAGCAGCCCGCUGCCAUUACUGCGGUUAAUGCGGACGGAGCCCACGCUGCUGUUCGCUGACAGAAAACAUGGGACUCCGCACAUUCAGCGCGUGAAUCAGUGAGGCGCUGAUGAUGCAGAGAGUCAGGAUGUUCGGUCAGAGCUGCUAAAGCCUUUACGUAAACCACAUCAUGAUUUCCAACUCCUGAAAUCAGUCUUCUUGGUCCUUAAUCAUCAUGUUUCUCUUUUAAAGGUGAACUAAAGGCGUUUAGGAGAGGAUAAUUAACAGUGUUAAAAGACGUUUUUACUGAAGCUGUGCCGCUCAUUUAUUUCCAGUCUUGUCUAAAGUGUCCUCAACACUGAGAGGUAUUAAAUUGGAGGUAGUGACGGUUUAAACUAAAGCAGAAUGAUGGUAUAAAGUGACUUUCUGAUGCAAUAUUCACGAGGCAAAUCAAACUCAGACUGUUUAUCUCUUUUCCAGUUCAAGACAAACAUAUCCACGUUAAGAGAUGACUCAUUUCUCUGAUAAUUAGAGCAAACACUUUAAAUCUGUGCUUUGUUGGAGCUGAUUAAACAGAUUACUGUGUGUCGGUGAUGUUACUAAUGUUAAAAUCUCUGAUGGGAAAUCGUGCACUGAGAGAAGCCUGUUUGUAUAACCUACCUGACUGUUUCCCACCAAGAUCUGUUCUGAAAAUUCUCCUAAGCUGAGAAGAAAAGAUGUUUUAUUCUUUCUUUCCUGCUGAUUUAAGUCCCCCUCCUCUGUAAAUACCCCCGACAGAUCAUCCGUUUUUCUUCCAGAGAUGCUGCGUGUCCAUCUCAAACACAUAAAAACAUAGCCACUGUGAAUAGACCAAAGCAAUGUCGCACAUGAUAUAUUUUGCUCCUGCAGAUUUGACGCCUGUAUAUUAACGUCCGUGUGAGUGUCUGUUCUGUAAUUUUAUAAUCCACGAUAUUUGUAUGGAGACAUUUAAUGUAUAUUUUCAUGCUGUACAUUUCUUGAACAAACCAACUAUGUUUUUAAUUAAAAAAGUACAAAAUUAA